UGUUUAGUUCAAAGAAAGAUACAUGAAAAAAAAAAUGGUGUUUUUUGUUUUGAUAUUACUAAUUCUUAUAUUUCGCCCCUCUUGUACUUUGACCCAAGAUUACCACAUACAUUUUCACUAUAAAUAGGUGUUUAGUUUAUAUUUUCUUAUUCUGUGAAUCGUAAAAUUGUGUUUAAUAAGUAGCUAAUAAUUUAUUGUGUAUCCUCAACCACAAACCUUACCUUUUGAACCAGUUGUAUUUAUAAUGUUGUGGGUUUUUUUUUUAUCAAAUGUGAUCUUGAUUUUCUUUUUUCAAAUGGGAUUUUUUUAUAUUUUCUGAUUCUGCGAGUUAUAAAAAUUCGAUUAAUGUGUGCCUAAUCAUGUUCUUGAGCCAAACUUGUCUUUGCCCAAAUAAUGCAAAAAUACAUUUUCUGAUUAUUUCAAAGGGGUGGAAUUUUUCUUGAGUUUUUUUUUUUUUUUUUUUUGUGGCAUUUCCCUGGGUGAUUUUGAUUUGGUGUUGUUAAUUAUUUUAUUUUACUUUUUGUUCAUUAUCCUAGUAUUUAUUCUGUUGCGGUGUAUGCUACUAUGGUUGAUUGACAAAUUAGGUUAGAACACUAGUCCAUAUAGAGAUCGGAAGGAAGUUUAUAAAGAAUAUAGCAAGUUAGUUAUUUAUGGAUUUCUUUUCUUGAAGUCUUUCUUAAAACUAUGAGAUUACUGUCCCAGUUCUUCUUAAAAUUAAUGUGGGUUUAGUUUUUUAGGGUUUUGUCACUGUUUUUUCUUUUCUUUUUCUUUGUUAUUUUUGUUCUUGUUGAUGGGUAAAAGUAAUUUCGUGUUAUUGAUUUAGUUCUUUAUUACACAUGUGUUUCUGUGUUUAUUUUAUCUUAUCUUUUUACUUUUCUUUAUGCUAAUUGAAUCAUUGUUGCUUUCACUUUUAUGCAACUUUAAUUUAGUUCCUGCGCAAUGAAGCUUUUGCGGGAUUAUGAUGCUUUUAUUCUGUUAGAUUCUGUUGAUGGCAGGAAAUCUGAGAAAGAUUUCACUGAGGAUUGUGAUAUAGUUCACUUAUUCAAAUCUCAGGUUGAAGAAGUUUGCCCUCGAAUUGUUUCUUGUGAAGAUUUUAUUUUCUUGGCAGCCAGAAAAUAUACUCUUCAGGUUGGUGGUUCAUUCUAUCCACUCUUCUCAGAUGAGCCUCCUUCCCCCCCUGCUGAUCUUUCAAUAAGAGGCGACGAUGAAAGAGAAACUUUGUCUCUUAGGUACUAUUCUUGGCCUUUAUCUUUGUGCGUGUGUGUGUUUUUUUUUUUUAAAUUUGGUAAAACUAUGUUGAUUGAGCCUUGUCAUUCACCUUUAAGUAUUUUUGCGGUUCGGUCUCUUAUUAAACAUCCUUUAAAUUCUUGUUAUCAGAGCUUCCUUAUCAAGAUGAAGCUUUCUGUCCUUCGGGGUGGCAAAGCUCGGAUUCAUCAAAGCUGGGUAGGAUACUUAUGGGUAGUAAACUCUUACCAAAAAAUAACAAUAUUAAAAUGAUAGGACUUUCUAAGAUUAUUGGAUAUUUAGACCUCAAACAAACUAAUAAAUUAUUAUA